GAGUUGUCACUUCAGAAUAGCGAUAGGCAUUAGCAAACAAGACCUUGGAUAUUAUCCGUGAACAUUUCAUUUAUUUUCCCAUGCCUUUCGAUUCCGAGCCUUGGAUGAAACUUUCCAUCCCUGGAUCUCCCAUGUCCCACUGUAGCUUGUUCUGAGGCCCAGUGUUAUUACGAGGAUAGGCUAAUGGGUUUAGCACUUAAUGGACUCUGGCUAAAAUGAAGGGGGUUGCGGCUAAAUGUCUAGCUAGAAUUAAGUCUUUUAAAUAAGAAGACACUAUUGAUAAUCACUAUAAGAAUAAGACAGUCAUGAAUUGUCAAAAAAUAUCGAAAUUAUUUUAAAUUGAUAAAAUGUGUAAACUAAAUGCGUUAUUCACUAAAUAUAUUACAGCACCACAACCAAGCUAUUUCUCAUGAAAUACUGCCAUAUGUCUUUAGUUUCAGCCUCCGUCUUUGACUCCUUUUUCUCGCAUGUUUUCCCUUGGAGUUCCUCCCCCUGCGGCGCUGGGCGGAGUUUCAUACCGAAACAGACGCUUAUUUUGUCGGAUCCGUUUCAACCUGACUCCCUGGGGUUUACGGCUGAAAAAUAGACACUUAAACAGCCCUAAAAUAAUUAACACGAAUACCUUGAUUUGUAGUAACAACGCUGGUUUCUAACUGUCACGAAAGGCUUUUCGUGCCAGCGGAAGCUGCGUUUUGACUCCUGCCGGAAUAAGGGCGCCAUUACUGGGGUAACAAGCAGAAAACGAAUCUCUAGGAAUCGGGUCAGUUGAGCUGCCCACAGACGCUGCACCAUGAACAGCAGCAGCAGUGUGCCCUCUGCCUCCCAGACCGUCCAGAUAAAAACCGAGCCAGUUGUGGAUGCAUGGAGUAAGGAGGACUGCCUCACACUUUUGGAGAGGAUUCGGAGCCUGUUGCCUGAUGGUGACGCCAUGAAAUACAAGACCACCGAGUCCCACUUUGACUGGCAGAAGGUCUGCUUCGGAGACUUCACCGGCGACAUGUGCAAGCAGAAGUGGGCGAAGGUGUCUACUGAGGUGCGUAAGUUUAGGACUAUGACAGAGCUCAUAGUUGACGUCACUGAGUUUGUGAAGAACCCUUACAAAGGGAAGAAAUUGAAGACACACCCAGACUUCCCAAAGAAACCCCUUACACCGUAUUUCCAGUUCUUUAUGGAGAAGCGAGCUAAGUAUGCCAAGAUCCACCCGGAGAUGAGCAACCUUGACCUCACCAAGAUUCUGUCCAAGAAAUACAAGGAGCUCCCAGACAAGAAAAAACAAAAGUACAUCACAGAGUUUCAGCGGGAGAAGGAGUCCUUUGAGAAGAAUAUGGCCCGAUUCAAAGAGGACCACCCGGAGUUGAUAGAGGAGAGAAAGAAGUCGGACCUUCCUGAGAAGCCCAAGACGCCCCAGCAGCUGUGGUACAACCAUGAGAAGAAGACCUACAUGAAGCUCCACCCCGAUGUGAGCCAGAAGGAGCUGAAGGAGGCUCUGAGGAGACAGUGGUCCCAGCUCUCAGACAAGAAGAGACUCAAAUGGAUCAGCAAGGCCCUGGAGCUGCAAAAAGACUAUGCGGGUAGUAUGAGAGUCUACCAAGAGGCCCAUCCAGAUGCUGAAGAGCACGUCAAGUCCGUCCUCACCAAAGCUGAGCGGCAGCUCAAGGACAAGUUUGACGGCAGGCCAACCAAACCACCGCCGAAUGGUUACUCCCUAUACUGUGCCGAGCUGAUGGUGAACAUGAAGGAUGUUCCCAGUACGGAGCGUAUGGUGCUGUGCAGUAAGCAGUGGAAGAUAAUGACGCAGAAGGAGAAGGACAUGUUUCAGAAACGCUGCGAGCAGAAAAAAAAGCAGUAUGAAAUUGACCUACAGAGGUUUCUAGAGAGUCUCCCGGAGGAGGAGAGGGACCGCGUGAUGACGGAGGAGAAGCUGGGGGGCUCCCGGCUUGGCAUGGGGGCUGCUGCCAGCCCGCAUAGAGCCAAGUCCACCUCCGCCAAGGAGCGCUGUCGUGAAGCUGAGCUGGAGCACUGGGUGCACGCAGGCCUGACGGCGAAAGAGAAGCGCGACGGCAAGAAGAGGACCAAACUCCCCGAGACGCCUAAGACUGCCGAGGAGAUGUGGCAACAGAGCGUCAUAGGAGACUACCUGGCCAAGUACAGGAGUGACCGCAAGAAGGCCCAGAGUGCCAUGGAGUCGGCUUGGAAGGACAUGGAGAAGAAGGAAAAGAUCCCGUGGAUCAAGAAGGCGGCUGAGGACCAGAAGCGUUACGAGGUUCAGUACCGGCCCGUGAGGGAAUUGUUGGAGUUUAGAACGCCCCAGUCAGGAGCAGGCCAGAGGAAACCCAAGUUUGAAGGGGAGCCCAAGAAGCCACCAGUGAGUGGCUACCAGAUGUUCUCCCAGGAGCUGCUGACCAACGGCGAGCUGAACCACUUCAGCCUGAAGGAGCGCAUGGUGGAGAUCGGCAAGCGCUGGCACAAGCUCAGCCAGAGCCACAAGGACAAGUACAAAAAGCUGGUGGAGGAGCAGCAGAUCGGGUACAAGGCCGAGCUGGAGGCCUGGGUCAAGUCUCUCUCUCCCCAGGAGCGAGCGGUUUAUAGAGAGUUCUCCACCACGAAACGGCGGAGCACCACCAAGGUGCGGGGGGCCCAGGGGGCCAAGGUGUGCGUGACGGCGACAGUGAAGGGGAAGGCGGUAGGUGCCAGAGCCGCAGCAGCAGGGGUCGGGGGGGGCAAGCGGGCCAUGGCGUACCGGGCCAAGCAGGAUACGUCCGACUCGGACGAUGACAAGACGGACUCGUCAGACUCUGAUGACGACGAAGAAUCGUCCGGCAGCUCCGACAGUGAAGAUGACGACGAUGAUGAGAAUGAUGAUGACGACGACCCAUCCGAGGGCUCCAGCAGCUCUUCCUCAGAGGACAGCAGUGACUCGGACUCAGACUAGCCACCCCCCCCCAAAUAGGAGGGGCUGUGCGGGACACGCCUCCUCACAAGUCAGGCGCAGUCACAGCGGCGUCAUCAAGUCGCUCACACGUUGGCUCCGCCCACCUCUUUCUCACAAGGAGAAAUGAGAGACGGGAGAGAGUGAGACUGAGGGAAGAAAUAAAGGGAGGAAUGGAAAAGUCAUGCUCCCACCGUUGUUGACCCGGAGCACUUUUAUUCAACUGGGACAAGAUCUCUUUUACAGGGGCUUUGUUACGUGUUCAAUGCCUUUCUAGGUGUUUAUUAUGAACUUGUGGCAACAUUUUCUUUUUUUAAACUUUUGAGAAGGAAAUUUCUAAUUAAAGCAGUUUAGGCUUUUUUGAACAAGAAUGGUUUCUACAGAGUUUGACUGGGAGGGGCAUAUUGAGGAGUUUGCUGUUUUUUUUGUCCUUGGGUCUAACAGUCCGUGCAGAGGGAGGACUGUUGCUGCUUUCCCUCCAUUGAAACAUCUGGUCAAACCCUCAAAAAUAAAAUGCACUUUUUUCUCUUGAA